AUGCCCCCGAAACAAUUCGCAAAGCGACAUCUGCAUACUCUCAAAACGCACAAUGGCCCCGUUAACGCGGUCACCUUUUCUAGCUACCCUGGCACGUACGUCCUAACAGGCUCCUCGGACCGUGCCAUUCACCUCUCUCGUGCCGUUCCCAGCAAUGCAGAAAACUCUGCGACUCCGGUAGAAACAACUACCCCGAUCCAGCGGUACGAAGCACACGGUUACUCGGUACUUGACAUAGCUGUCGCCGCGGACAAUGCACGCUUCGCUAGUGUGGGAGGCGAUCGGCAGGUUUUCUUGUGGGAUGUUGAACAGGGAGGGACUACGAGGCGAUGGACUGGACAUAAUAGCAAAGUCGAGGCCGUGCAGUUUGCGGGAGAGGGUGAUUCCGUGGUAGUUUCUGGCAGUGCAGAUACAACCAUUAAUCUAUGGGAUACCCGGUCCAACGCCAACAAGCCUAUCCAAACUCUCACCGAAGCGAGUGACACCGUGUCGUCGUUACAUGCGCAUAUGCCUACGUAUUCAAUUGCCAGCGGUAGCUAUGACGGCCAUGUCCGUGUUUAUGAUGUUCGCAUGGGCAAGACAACGGUCGACGUUCUGGCGCAUCCUGUGACGAGUGUACGGUGCUCGGCAGAUGGCAAUGCGUUGUUGACAUCAACGCUGGAUAGUUACAUCCGAAUGAUAGAUCGUACGGAUGGAACGCUCCUCACGGCUUUUGGCGGACCUCCUAAGAAAGACGAGCAACCUGUGCAGGACUUACUCAACACCAAGCCUCGCCCUACUUACCACAACACCGAGUUGCGAGUUCGCUCUGUCUUUGCACAAGGCGAUGCUGUGGUUCUCAGCGGCAGUGAAGCCGCUCCCAAAGGCGAUGACGCUGCACUUGGAGCAGCUGUCUUCGCAUGGGAUGUAUUAAGUGGUGAGACCCUUGCGACGGUGUCAAUGGGAGAGGCGGUCAAGGCCGUGAGCUGCGUGGCAUGGAACGAGAAGGGCUACUGGGCAGCCGGAUGUGCGGAUAGUAAGUGGCGGUUCAUUUUACUGAGAGAUGAAUUUCAUGGCUGUAUUGGACUCAAGUGCUGA